AUGGCAAAGACUAUCUUUGGUUCCCUGGUACUCGCAGUUGUUUUAAAGCUCGCGACUGCGAAUCCAGUAGCCCAGCCCGCUAUCACAUCGGCACCGAAUUUGUUGGAAAAAAGGGCAGCAAGUUGCACAUUCUCAGGAUCGGACGGCGCGGCAUCAGCUAGUGCCUCUCAGAAGUCAUGUUCUACUAUAGUUUUGUCAGCUGUCGCGGUUCCGUCUGGCACAACACUGGAUCUAAGUAACCUUGAAGACGAUACUACAGUCAUCUUCGAGGGCGAAACAACUUGGGGUUAUGAGGAAUGGGAUGGCCCUCUGCUCCAAAUCUCAGGCACCGGUAUCACCGUCCAGGGUGCUUCAGGUGCCUCUUUAAACCCUGAUGGAGCACGUUGGUGGGAUGGAGAAGGUAGUAACGAUGGCAAAACAAAGCCAAAAUUCUUCUAUGCGCAUGAUCUUACCUCAUCCUCGAUUACCGAUCUUCAGAUCCAAAAUACACCGGUUCAGGCUGUUAGUAUCAACGGUUGUGAUGGUUUGACUAUUACAGAUAUGACUAUUGAUAAUAGCGCUGGUGAUAGCGAAGGUGGUCAUAACACCGACGGCUUUGAUAUUGGUUCCAGCUCCAAUGUCACCAUUAUUGGCGCCAAUGUAUAUAACCAGGACGACUGCGUUGCGGUAAACUCUGGCACCGAUAUUACGUUUAGUGGUGGUGUUUGCUCUGGUGGUCAUGGACUUUCUAUUGGCAGUGUCGGUGGCCGGGACGACAAUACUGUUGACACUGUCACAUUUGAAAACUCCGAAGUCAAAGACUCCGUCAAUGGUAUUCGCAUCAAAGCUUCAGAAGGUGAUACGGGCACAAUCACCGGCGUAACAUACUCUGGAAUCACCCUUGAAAGCAUCUCCAAUCGCGCCAGGUACGGAGUUCUCAUCGAGCAGAACUAUGAUGGCGGUGACCUAAAUGGCGGGGAUCCAACAUCAGGAAUUCCCAUCACCGAUUUGACAAUUGAAAAUAUCUCUGGAGAUGGUGCGGUAGCGUCCGACGGGUACAACAUUGUCAUUGUCUGUGGUAGCGAUGCCUGUUCUGACUGGACAUGGGAUUCUGUCGACGUCACAGGAGGCGAGGAUUAUAGUGACUGUACGAAUGUUCCGAGUGUUGUUAGCUGCUCUACAUAG